AGAAGAAGAAGAAGAAGAAGAAGAAGAAGAAGAAGAAGAAGAAGAAGAAGUGGCGAUGGCUCCUGUAAACAUAACUAGAGAGAAACGUGCUGCUUUGGCAAUUUGUGCAAUUUUGUGUGCAGAAAGCCCUAAAAAGAAAAGGCGACGACGUAUUUGGACAAAGACAUGGCUGAGCAAACGUGGCUACUCCGGUCUGUCAGUUUUACAGAAAGAACUUGAGGUAGAUGAUAUGGAGGGAUUUCGGGAGCUUCUGCGGAUGUCGUUUGAAGACUUUUCUUAUCUCCUGGAGAGGGUGACACCACACAUAAUAAAGAAAGACACACAUCUAAGAAAAGCCAUCAGCCCCAGGGACAGGCUCUCUGUGACCUUACGCUUUCUGGCAACAGGCGAGACCUUCAAGUCUUUAGGUUUUCAAUACAGGAUUGGAAGCACAACACUGAGUCAGAUAGUGAUGGAAACGUGCACAGCCCUCACCGCAGUGUUGCGUGAUGUUUACCUGAAGACACCAUCAACUGACUGUGAGUGGACAGCCAUUGCCAGAGACUUUGAAAACAAAUGGCAGUUUCCACACUGCUUGGGAGCAAUAGAUGGGAGACAUGUAUUCAUUCAACCCCCUGGCAACAGUGGAAGCGAGUCUAGGUUUUCCAUCAUACUUAUGGCAGUUGUUGACGCAAACUACAAGUUUGUGUAUGCAAGCACAGAGACACAAGGAAGAGUGUCUUAUGCUGGAGUGUUUGCUCAGUCUGACCUUAGAGAUGCUAUGGAUACAGGCACACUGAAUUUCCCCCCCGAUGACUCCCUGCCAGGCGCUGAUGAUGUGAUUCCCUACAUGUUCAUUGGUGAUGACACGUGUCCCCUCCGACCGGAUCUGAUGAAACCAUAUCCCUCUCGGAACCUUAACAACAAUCAGCGGAUCUUCAACUACCGUCUUUCCAGAGCACGGCGUGUUGUGGAGAAUGCUUUUGGGAUUCUUGUGAAUCGGUUUAGGGUUUUCAGAACAACUAUUUGCCUGCAUCCAGACAAGGUGGUCACCAUUGUGUUCACGUGUCUCUGUCUCCACAACUUUCUCCGACAGCAGAGGUCUGAGGCCUACGUACCACCUGGUUAUGUAGAUUCAGAGGAUGCCAACAACCAGCUGAUUGAAGGAGCAUGGAGGAAGGAGGGGGCACUCCAGUCCAUUUCAGCUGGACAUGCACGCAACCCAUCAAUGGAGGCAAAGAGACAAAGGGAGGUCCUCUGCCAAUACUUUGUCUCACCUGCAGGAAGCGUGUCAUGGCAAGAAAACAUGGUGUAGGUCAAAGACCAAAGUUAAAACUUGAGUAUUUUCUUUUUAUAUUUUUUGGAAUACACUGUGUAUAGAAAGGAAAAUUACAAACAAAAGUAGUUCAAACACCCAUAUCAUCUACCUAAUAGGAGUGUUACUUUGAAAACGUGGAAAUGUCAGUACUUGUGUUUACAACCUUCUGAUGUCAUUAAAGCCAUACAAGUGACA